AUGGGUCUUCUUUCUAUCAUCAAGAAGACAAAGCGUAAGGAGCGCGAAAUGCGCAUCCUUAUGCUAGGCCUGGACAACGCCGGCAAAACUACGUGCGUCAAAAAGCUCUGCGGCAGGGACACGAGCUCGAUUAGCCCUACCCUGGGGUUUCAGAUAACUGUGCUGACGUUCCGCGGGUGCACUCUGAACGUGUGGGAUGUAGGUGGGCAGCAAAGCCUACGCAGCUACUGGCGUAACUACUUUGAAAGCACAGAUGCUCUUGUGUGGGUGGUCGACAGCAAUGACGUGGAGCGUCUGCUAGUGUGCAAAGAGGAGCUACAUCACCUCCUGCAGGAGGAGCGACUAGCAGGAGCAAGUCUGCUCGUCUUCCUCAACAAGAUCGACAUCCCCACGGCGUUAUCGCCACAGGAAAUUGCUCGCCUGCUUGAUCUAGACACGAUUCGACAAGGCAAGCGCCACUUCCACCUCUGUGCGUGCAGUGCCAAAACUGGUGAGGGUUUGCUCGACGGUAUUUCGUGGUUGGUGGAAGACGUGUCAGCGCGUAUGUACUUCUCAAGUUAG